GGACCGUACUUUACAUCAAUGGCACCAAUAAUCACCACCGCGAGACUCGUCUGCAAAGACAAAGAAGCCCGUGAAAAGGCUAUCGCAGCUUUCCACAAGAUCGUGGAGUUUUCGCGUGCCAAUGAACCAGGAGUAUUGAGAUACAUCGUCACACUUCCACUUUCAGAUGAUGCGCAAAAAGAAAUCUAUAUGAUUGAAGAGUACGCCUCUGCGGAAGCCAGCGCUUCGCAUCUCGCGACCGAGCCGGUGCAAGAGUUGAUCAAAUUGUUCGGGUCCGGUGAAGUUCUUGCUGCUGCGCCGGAGGUAUUCAACAGCAGUGUCAAGCAUGCAAAGGUCGGUCCGAAGCCGAUCAAUGUUUCGGCGAACCUGGCGGUGGUUAUUGCGCAUUUUGGGUACGAGGCAGGGAAGGUUUCGGAUGCGCUUGGGGGAUGGAAGUCGUUGGUUGAGUAUGUGGUUGCGAGUGAGAGUGGCACGUCUGGCUAUGCGGUGGGAGUCGAUGAGAAUGGGAAGGAUUUGACUGUCGUCGCGGUAUAUGACAGCUGGGAUUACUUCGAUAAUGUCCAUCUUAAAAGUAAGGGCACGAAGGAGUCUCGGGCCCAGACCAGAGAGGGUCGAACUGGAGUGCAGGAUGUUGUGAGGCUAAGGGUAGUUGAUGGCUUCAUGGGAAAACAAGCUGGUGGAAGCAAACUGUAAUUUUCAGU